GUUAAAAAUAGUUGCCGAUGAAGUAGUGCAGAAUUAACCAUUUCCUGUUUCGGUCCCAGCUCUGUCCUUCACCAUUUGAUAGAUGAUUCUGCAGACUCUGCGAGAGCAGUAAGGUGCACGGCAGCACUGAUCUUUGGAUUCAACCUCAAUAUCCGUGGACAAAUUCUUCCUCAUUAUCAGGUCACAUUACUACCAACUGGGUGUCCAGGUGAAGUCAUGGAAUUUGCCUGCAGUCACAUUGUGUACAAUCCACAAAACACAACUUCCACAAAUGGCAGAAACAGGCCCCGUGAUCAUGUUGAAAAUCAAACUUAUUCAGGCACAAACGUCAGAGCCUUUCCACCACAGACCCAAGGUAGUGUCCAUGAAUAUGACAACCGGUUCUUAGUAUCGUCUCCGGCUGGGAAGGAAUGUCUCUAUGCCACAGUGCCGAAGUCCGCACACAGGAGGAACCAGGCAAGGAUUCAAGGGCCUCCUAUUGUAGCCAGAAUGUUAUCGCUUCCAGAAGAUGAAGACAGCCAGGCACCUCCUCUGCCUCCACGCCUCAGUGAUGGGAAGCCUAACGUCUCCUCUGCGCAUCGACUCUGUCCAACGCUACCAGCCAAACCGUCUUCACAUUCCCGGGUCCCUCCACCUCGGCCCAAGAGGAUUUCACCGCCCUCAAAGAACUUCACUUCCAAUGUGGAUGGGAAAGCCAAUAUAAAUGUGGUUGCCCUUAACUUGGGAAAGUUGGUGGAGAUCGAUAGUGUGCAAGCACAGAAUGUGGAAGCCGUUCACUGCCAAAACUGUUCAGCAAUCUUGUCCUGCAUCAGUCGGAUUCACCAACAACAUGCAGACAUAGUCUGGCCUUGCGAAUUCUGUAAAAAGCAUAACGUUGUCACUCGAUCCUUCAGAACAGUACCAAACAUUCAGGAUGUUGUAUAUAUCCCUGGGCCAAUCGAUGAUGACUACAUCAAUGUGGAUGACUCCUUGGUCAUUUUCUGUGUGGAUAUCUCGGGAAGUAUGUGUGUAACCAAUGAGGUCAAGGCUACCCACGGUUUCGGGACAGUUCAUAUAUCAAGGUUACAGAACGUUCAAGAAGCUAUCUUGACUUCUUUGAAGCACAUGACACAGACCUGUCCCCAGAAGCGGGUUGCCUUGGUGACAUUUAACGAUGAGGUAACCAUCUAUGGUGAUGGAACACAGAUGCCCACAAGACUGAGUAAUUAUCAGCUGUUGGAUUCAGACUUCCUAAAGGAAAAAGGCAGAGAUUAUCCCAGGCCAGAGUGCAUAGCAGAGAGCAUUCAAACACUAAGCUACAGGGUCCAAGAGAUGAGAGAGAAAGGUGCUACUGCCCUGGGUCCAGCUGCACUUGUAGCAGUGUCGAUGGCAUCAAUGAGUCCCGGCUCAAAGGUGAUCAUCUGUACAGAUGGGAAGGCAAAUAUAGGCCUGGGAUACUUGGAGAGCAUGGAGGAAGAUAUGCAUGCCUACUCCAAACAAUUCUACACCGAUUUAGGAGAGCAAGCAACUUUAAAUGGGGUGAUUGUAUCGAUUCUGACAAUAGAAGGCACCGACUGUAGAUUGGCAGAACUUGGAAACUUGGCAGAUCGGACAGGAGGAAGGGUCAACAUUGUCAAUCCAAUUAAUUUGCCCAACGAGAUUCAAGCUACUUUGGAAGAUGAUGUGAUUGCGACUGAUGUUACUGUUACCUUUGUAGUCACUGAACAAAUGUAUUUCAGAUAUGAAGCGCAAACAGGAAAUAAGCUGGUGAAGCAAGUUGGAAAUGUUACCAAAGAUACGGAGAUGACAUUUGAAUUCGGAAUAAAGGAAUCCCACAUUCAAACUGUUCAGGAUAAUGAAAAACUGCCCUUCCAGCUGCAAGUAAACUUUACCACUCCUGAUAGAAGAAAGGCUUGUCGUAUCAUCAGUCAGGAGAAACGAAUCACAAACAACAGUUCCCUGGUUGAGGAGAGUGUGAACAUAACGGUGCUGGGAAUACAUGCAGCACAGCUCAGUGGUCGUCUGACGAUGGAGGGCCGAGUGAAAGAAGCUUGCAGCGAGAUGGCCGCACGGAAGGAGUUCAUCCAGAAGAUCGUUGAAAAGAAACAUAAUCAAGAAGAGGAAGGUAUUUAUCAGAACUGGCUGCGAUCAGUGGCAGUCGUGUGUGAGGACCUCGCCCAUUCUGAGGAGGUGGAAGGUGUGGCAAAAUCAAAAAAUUAUGAAGAAAAAAGUGAUUCUGUUUUCAAGAUAUUGUCCGAUGAGGUUGCAAGUACGAUUUAUCGUCUGAAGAAUGCAAGGAGUAAAAUGUUGAAGAAGCCGGGGCCUAAACAAGCAGCUCCUUCAUUGCCGACGACUUAAUCAGGGAGAUCGGAGAAAUGGAUCGGCUGAAAGUCUGUAAUGGAACUGCAAUUUUUCAUUCUUUGUAUUUUACAAAAUAUAACUGCCU